AUGGCCACACUGACAGACUUGUGUUAUACGGAUCCACCAAAGAUCAGAUAUGCUACCUACAAAGCCCACUUAUACAAGAAUGGUACCUUACUGAUCUGUGAAUGCAAGCGAGGUUUUCGCAGAAUACAGAAUGCCUAUAUAUAUUGUACAGUAAACUCUGGCCAUGCUUCCUGGGAAAACAAAUGCCAAUGCAAAAGUUCAGCCUCUAGGAACACAGAAAAGCUAGUUACACUUAAACCUGAAGAGCCUGAAGAAAGAAAAUUCACAGGAAUUCAAAGUCAAAUGCAAUCUCUGGACCAAGUAAAUCUUUCAGGGUACUGCAGGGAGCCUCCAUCCUGGGAACAUGAAGCUGUGGAGAGACAUUACCAGUUUGUGGUGGGGCAGACAAUUCAAUACCAGUGUAUCGAGGGAUAUAAGGCCCAGCAGAGAGGCCCUGCAGAAAGCACCUGCAGAAAGAGCUCCAUAAAUGUUGGGGAAUUCAUCUGGACACAGCCCCAGCUCAAGUGCAUAAGUGAAGAGAUUGAGAUUCCAGGUACAGAAGAGGCUGACUCAUACACUGAUGCUCUUCCUCAGAGUGAAACUUCCUACACCUUUAUCACAACAGUUUCUCAAAAACAAACAGAAGUGGUUACAACCAUGGAGACGUGUUUACUUACUAUAGAGUAUCAGAUUGCAGUGGCUGGCUGUGUUUUCCUGCUGAUCAGUAUCCUGCUUCUGAGUGGGUUCACCUGGCGACAGAAAUGGAGGAAGAAUAGAAGAACAAUCUAG